UGGCUGGAAAAUUGCUACGUUGUGUGAGUUAUACAGCGUUAUGUCGUUCAAAUUGACCAAGGGCACAUAUUUACGUAGACUUUUGCAUUCAGGAGACCAUUCGCGAAGUUUAGUGACAAUUUGCAGUCCUGGGGAGUAAACGUCGGGACUAAAUGUUGGGUUAGGGGACUAAAAUGGGGAGUAAUUGCAGACUAGGGGAGUAGAAGCUGCAAUUACUCCCCGUUUUACUCCUUUUUUUCUUAGAGUGUGUGUGUGGGUGUAAAAUUGCUAAGUUGGCUAAGUUAUACAGCCUUAUACCAUCAAGUUGACCAAGAGCACAUAUUUACGUAGACUGUUGCAUUCGAAAGACCAUUUGCGAAGUUCAGUGACAAUUUGCAGUCCCGGGGAGUAAAUGUCGUGGUUAGUGGACUCAAAUAGGUAGUAAUUGCUAUCUAAAGGACUAGAAGCUGCAAUUACUCCCCAUUUUACUCCUUUUUUCUUAGAGUGUACUGACAGAGACUGACAAGGGCCGCAAUUUUUUCGGCCAGCCAAUUUCGUGCUUGCCACAGAAGGAACAGAACAGUUCGUCAUUCCAUAGUUCUGGAUGCUUCUUGUAGAAGCUUGGUUCGACGGUGGCGUGCGUCACCUGCGGACCCAUCAUGUUUGAAAGAAAAAUAGCUGCCGCAAAGUUUCAGCACGUUUGACAUUUGGAUAUAUUUUGCAGCGCGACUAAUCUUUGAAGACUGCAUCGACCACGCGGAAUGUUCUUUCCUCAACCCGUAUGUCGAGUGCGUUAACCAGGUCUGCACAUGCAUGCCACCGAAUAUUCUGAAACGAAAAAACCUGUGCGUUCCAGGUAUGUACGGAACAGAUCGACCGACUACAGCAUUCAUCAGCAAAUGAGCGAGCCACCUCACAUUGUUCUACCAGAUGGGCUUAAACGAAUAUGUAGCGACUACAAGAGAAAAGUGUCUCGACUCUUCUCGGGCGAGAUCACCCAGCCACCUGCUGUAACUGUCUGCGCCACCACGACGCCUAAAGAGUCGGGACAAACCUCGGACGUUAGUACCUUACAAGCUCAGGUCUACGCACCUCAAAAUUCGCUAUUCGGCUUCGAAGAACUUGUGCCAUCAAAAGCGCCGGGAGAAGUAUCAACUUCCAAAAAGGCAGAAGCGGUCUUCGAGAGCUGUCGAGAAAUCUCCAGCCCACUCGAGAAGUCGUCCGUGAAGAGUGAAAGUCCGAGAGGAUCCGUAAAGUCCGUGUCGUCAGCAGAAACCCAGGCGUCAGUGAAGUCCAGCAGAAGCAGCGCUCCUGAAGAAUCCAGGCAGAACUCCGCCGAUAACAGCAAUGAACGUGAGUCUUCUUCAGAGUCUGAAGAAACAAAGGAUACAACCGUGACGUCAAAGCCAUGUGACGCGCCAUCAGAUUCUGCAGACCAGCGAGAAGACAUCGAUGAAGUUGGAGCUCUCAACAUCAACAGAGACUUGGAACGCAUCAUGGAGAUAGUCCUGGAACAACUGUCUGCAGCAAAGAUGUUGAGGAUUGAUGGUUCGACCGAAGAAAAGAACGCGACGUCAGACAAGCUGAAGGAAGAAGUCGAAAGAAUGACAGAUGGGAUAAGUGACGAAACAGGGUCUAUUUACUCGCGUGCCCUUAUCAAGCUCCAUGACCGUCUACAUGAACCACGAAGGUCGUCACCCGCGGGGGACGUACACUGCGAAGGAGGACCGGUAGACUUGUGCAAGAAAGUAGUAUCAAGUAGCAAACCGGAACACCUGUCAAUUCUAUAUGAAGGUUGCGGUGAAACUAAAACACGGGCUGACGUGUCCACGUUAUGCCACAUACUUACCCCUGAAGUUGAUGGGUCGCCUGCGAGAAAUGCAGUACAGAAAGAACUUAGAUUCAGUGAAGUUCCAUAUGAACACUGUUUUAGCGAAGGUUCGCAGCUUCAGCAGCCUGUCGAACAUUCCCAUCCGGACUCCUUCCAAAGCUUUCGAGCUACGACAACUGGGCAGCAAUCGCUCUGUCAAGAACCCAGGAACUGGAAGAGGCGGCGCGAUACAACAGCUGAUUCUUUCCAAUCGUUUUCCGACACACCAUACUACCGCGUUGCGAGAGAGCACGAGAAAUACAAUAUCGCUACGCCAAUAACCUUACCCAAAACGAGGUCCGAUGCACGUGAAGUCAUACUAGGUGCCGUUGAUUUUUACGAAGUGACACGAGACAGUCUGAACCAGUAUCUUGCUGGAGAUCCCAGUUCCAUAGAGCCACUACCACUUCUGGAAAGCGUACGGUGUCUGUCAACGUCACAAGCUGAUGCCACUGGAAAGCUACGUAGCACUGGGAAAGUUGAGGAUGAGCAAGUACGAGGAGAAAUGAGGAAAGACCAAAGACUGCGUAAGGACGAAUCGCGAGCGUCUGUCCAAGCCAGCAAAAUGUUCAGACUUUUCUCAAAGAAGCUUUUGCGGAAGGCGUCUAGCAUCUGCAAGGAUGAGUCUGCAAACUCAUUUGAAAACGAAGACGACUUAAGCCUGAAAGGUGAGGAAGCUCUGUUGCUGCAAUCUGAGAAGUUUUCUAACAAGAGUGAAGCUUUUGCCUACGAAGGGCCCAUGCCAGCGGAUGAAGUAGGGGCUGAUAUAAGCAAGAACAAAAGCCCAGUGAAUGUCUCAGGUGACAUUGCCUGUCGCGUUUACGACAGGCAUCAUAGUGAUGCUAAACAAGUUAAUUGUGCAAGUGCUGCUCUAAUGGAGCAGCAUAAAAGUUCUACGACUUGCCAGCUGCAAAAUAUUACAUGCGUAUCUAGUGUACCAGCACCACAAGCUACGGGUAAAACGUGCCAACUAACACACGAUACAAGAUGCGCGACAAAUACAUCUGAACAUCAAGGACUGCGGAGUGCUUUUCGAAGAAUCCUUGAUAAAGAACCCACAACAAAUAAUGAAGAUAGAGUUUCGAAAACUUUAGGACAGGUGAAGGAAUCAGAAGUUCAAAAGAAUUAUGAUGACUGCAAGCUCAUUGUGACGGAGGACGAUAUAAUCGAAUGCUUAAAGCGAGUGGCUCGAUCUAGUCGCUCUCCUGUGCCUAACAAAGCUAGAAUAUCUCCAGACACAUCAACAAAGCGGGAUAUUCCCUCAGGCUCAAGUCUCGUACAGGGCGAGCUACUUAACCAAGACGUUGCUGAAUCGAUUGAGAGUUCUGAGCCCUGCGACACAAAAAGUGACAGUAGUCGUUCGAAGAGUUGCUCAAAGGUUUCGAGUAGGCCACUGCUGACAAUGAGAAAGGACUUGAAAGAAAUGCUGAGAGAAAUCCUGGAGGAAGAAUAUUCGCACCUUCUCAAGACCCCUGGACAUCAGCCUCAGUCACAGGCAGUGGAAGCCCCUGUUCCUAUAAGUCAAAGCGGCCGUCCUGCCAUGCGUCAAUCAGAAGCAAGAGUGGCAUGCAUGAAACGAAGUUUUAAAGAUCACUCUUCGGUAGGAUCAUAUUCGUUUUACGGAGGACUAGAAAGCGGUAGUACGCGAACUACGGCGCCGUCAACGAAGUCAGUCGCUUUUAAGUUGGAAACUUCAGAUACGUCGUUAAAGGAGAAUACGACCUCCCGUAUCAGUUCUCGUUCGCCAAAUUCAGUUGCAGAGGGUCAUUCUGCAACUUCAACGAGCGGAACCAAUUCCGCUGUUAGUGAUACGACUCUUGCUACGACCGUGGAAAAUAAGACAGUCUCCGCUUUGUCAACGACUGAGCAUUGUCACGAUGCAAGUACAACUGGAUCAGGAGAUAAAUCCACAAGUGAGGUACAGACUUCCAGCGACACUGUUACAACUUCUGCUUGUUCAACGUCUUCACCUUCCGAGUACACUGGAACUACUGGAACUGGAGCUGGCAAAUCGACUCGGACUUCUACAGAAAAUGACUAUUCAGUAGAAAGCGGUCAUUCGGAUUCAACCCAUACCACCAAAGAGCAGCAACGUAGCGACAUACGAACUGAAGUCACGACAGAAACCUCGUCUGAAUCUAUGGUUAAGUCUUCUCUCUUCCCUACACAGAUUCAACCAUCUUUCGUUGCUCCGUGUUUAGCGAUGCCGCCAUUCAGAUCAUGGAAAGAUACGCCAAACGAACGUGUCCCUGAGCCUUCAGGGUCACGCAAAGUUACUUGGAAUUAUCCAACGAGUUACCGACUCAUUCCAACUGCCGUUACUGUGGAGUCCACAGAAAGUUACACUCCAAUGCCGCCCUGUAACAUACCUCUGUUCAGUGACGAGAAGUCAUCGACGUCGUGCACCCAAUCAGAUAAAGCAACGUCCCCUAUAGCAACCUUCCAGCCGCGUGUUGACUAUCGUAGUAGCAAAAGUUACAGCGAUGUGUACAAGGCAGCACCACUACCUCCACAGACGUUCUACGCUUCUGAGCAUGCUUACGACUACAACACCUGUAGACCCUCUAGUACAGUCGUUACAAGCGGAACACGACCAAGGUCUGCAUCCUUCCCCGGCGUACCUGACAGAUAUCACAACAAACAGGAGGAAACUCUGAAACCGGUGUAUAGUGCGAAGUCUUAUACUGAAUACUGGCUUAAAACGGUAUCUCUGUACAAGGACGACGCAGCUACUUCGCGCUCGCCAUCAGUAGAAUGUGAAGAGCAAAGCACUGGCAGCAAGUCGAUGUCAAAUUUUUUUCACGUUCCGCCACAGCGAAAAUUAGAUGAAGCUAACGUCGAGUUGUAUCGCAAUACUGAAACUGAAGUGAAUCCACUUCUGGAAACCUAUCUUUCACUGCAAGAAUCGAUAUAUCCGCCGUUCGCACUGGGUACGGCGAAUACCUGCACAUACGAUGCAAAUGACACUUCGGCCCCGCCGUUCUUUAACGCACCAACCUUUGAUGCUGUCCUACCAGAUAUUCCAGAACAGGUAAAAGUACCGACUGCAACAUUCACUCCAAGUAGACCGUCUUCACACGAGCCCUUCAGUCUGCAGUCCACUGCAGUUUACGGUAACACAAUCGACCUGCACGAGUACCAAGCAGUACAAAACACCUCAGACUAUGGCAAUAAAGAUUUGGAGCGGUACCACGCUGCAACGCACGUCAUUGGCCACUCUAGCACGGCCAACUUGAACCAGUACCAUUCCGUAACGGACAACCGAGACUACGACGACACGAAUCACUCGCUGCAGUAUCGGGUAGUGACUGAUUCUGCAUAUCAAAGUACUACAGCCGAUCUGAAGCGUUACAACACAGAGACGGACACAACGGUACUGCUCGGCUAUAAACCUGAACCGACAAUCCAAUCAAGGGUCUCUCUAGUCGGCGCAGCAACAACUACUGUAGAGCACGCAAGCUUUGAAGACAGUUCUCAAGCAAGCGUCCGAAAUGGAAGACUAGCAAAGAAGACAUUCCGAAAAACAGCGUCGUAUCGAACCCCGUUUCCGUUGUGCAGCAGUUCGAGAUCAUCUCCUACAAUACGCUUAGGCUUCAGGAGUGCAAAAACGACACCUGGAGCCAAAAGGCCGCUGGUACGAUCCAAUGAAUGUGCUCGUCCAUCCGAGACAGACUACGCAGUUCACGAUCAGCGUUCGCUAUCUGGAGCUGACGGAAGGCCCGAUCCUGUAAAGGAAAGUACGCUGACCAAAUGCGCUAGCAGCGAUUCGUAUCUCAGCAGUAGUCCGUUGUGGCAGCCCAACAGCUUGCCGUUUCAACGCUGGCUGAAUACAGCGGCUACAACUCCUGCAGAACCUGGAGAUACUGGGGAAACAUUUACAUUCUGCCCUUCCGAGAAAGAAUCCGAUUCGUCGGAGUAUUAUGAGGCAGCAAGGAGUUCGUGUUCCUUGAACAGACGGAGACUGACGCAUUUUAAUAAUGAAGAUAUGUGAGUAUGAUGAUAGGUGAAUAUGAAGACGUGCUUUGGAUAUGUGGAAUAAACUUCGGUUCUGUCUCAGG